CACCACUCACCAUUCCUUGAGAGUCGAAAGAGUAAAGAAUUUUGCAAUAUAAAGUGGGGAGAUUAGAGUGAGAGAGAAAGUUUACCUACUCCCAAAGGGCUGACUUCUUCAAUCUAAGAACUCUUUUCAUCCAUUUCUUCCUGCUUCUUCACUCAGGUUACGUAUUCUUAAUUCCUUUCAUUUUUCCUUCUUUUGAUUGAAUUAGUUCAAACCCUUCAUCUGAUUCUGUUUGCUUGUUCUGCUUUUACCCUUUUCACCACUACGAAAUUGCAUAAUUUUUAUGGAAUUUUCAUUGGAGAUCAAGUUGCUGUGAGAUUUAAUUUUUGGCAUGAGACUUAAUUAAGUUUAGGUGUAGUAUGUUCAUGGCCUUUCAAUGUUUUUAUAAAAGAGGGCUUCAAAGAAGCACGGGUGGAGGUGGAGGUGGAGGUGGAGGUGGAGGUGGAGGUGGAGUUGAAGAUGUUAAGCCUCAGUUGAAGUCUUCCGACAUAGUAGAAGUUCCCCUUAAUACGAAUUGGGAUAAUAUAGCUUGUCCUGUAUGCUUGGAUUACCCUCAUAAUGGUGUUUUGCUUCAAUGUUCAUCUUAUGAAAAAGGAUGUCGGGCAUUUGUUUGUGACACCAAUCAUUUGCAUUCAAACUGCUUAGAGCGUUUUAAAAAUGCAUAUGGAGUAACUUCGGGAUCAACACCUUCUACAUCAUAUGCCUUGGAAAGUGAGAAUCUAGGAUCAGUGGUACCCGAAAGCAAUUGUAAACCAACUUGUCCCUUGUGUAGGGGAGAGGUAAAUGGUUGGGUUGUUAUUGAGAAGGCUCGAGAAUAUCUCAAUCAGAAAAAACGCUAUUGUGAAGAGGAGCGGUGUUGUUUUGUCGGUACUUAUUUAGAACUUCAAAAACAUGCUCAAAAAGAACAUCCUAACUCUCGUCCAUCGAGGAUUGAUCCCGCACGUCAGCUUGAUUGGGAGAAUUUCCAGCAGUCAUCUGAAAUGGUCGAUGUUCUUAGUACCAUACAUUCAGAAGUUCCUCGUGGAGUUGUUUUGGGCGACUACGUGAUUGAAUAUGGUGACGAUGAUACUGCUGAUGAGUAUGAGGACUUCCCUGGCGAUGAAGGGAAUUGGUGGACUUCUUGUAUAUUGUAUCAGGUGUUUGAUAAUCUCCGAAAUAGUCGGAAUAGACGGAGGUCCCGAACUGCCGAUGCAAGAAGAGGAAGCCGUCGUUCUAGCAAUGAUACAUCCAAUUCUGAUGAUGGCUCGGUGACAUCUAUAGAAUUUCCCGACUACAGAGGAGAUGAGACUGAUGAUGAAUAUGUAAAUUCCAGAGGCCCUGGAAGAAGUAACUUCGGUCAUCGGAGUUCUCGAAGACGACGCUCCCGCUUCUAUGACCAUUAGGUGCUUAACUUGUUCGUACUAUAAUUCAUGCAACUUUAUUUCGGAUUAUGUUUGCGGAUGCUACCCUCUAACCCCGUCUCUCCUCCCGAAAAAAGAAAGUGGCUGAGUCAAUGUGAUAGCACGAGCUUCAUUUAUAUCGUUUUAAAGUACUACCAGUUAUUAGUCUGUUGCUAAAAUCCCUAAAUUUCGUGCCUUAAACAGAAGCUGAGGAGAAUAGUGGAAAACCAAGCAUAGAAGUGCUGAUAUGAUGCUACGAUCAGUAUCCCAUCUUCAGCUGCAGCAAUCGACACACCGAAAUAUUCAAUACCGGGUCUGCUAGUUAGAUAUGAAUUCUCGAUGGUUUCUAGUUCUAGAGAUUAAUUUUAUUUGAUGGCGUUUGGUAACGCUGCACCAAAUGUUAGGUUAGGGAUAAAGGAUUUCUGGGUUUGUUUGCAUUUGGUGCAAUGUUUGUACAUAUUUUUUGCUUACUUUUAUUGACAAUGUCAGGAGUUGGGGUAGUACAAUUUCUUUGGCAACUAGUGGGUGUUCUUUUGGAUUUAUAAAUGAAAAUUAUUAGAUGUUUUUUGGCCUUACUAUGAAAGAAAUUAAAAUGUUUUGUAUAAUUUUGCCUAUUUGA